AUGGCACGGCCGGUUAAGAGGCAAGCAGCACAAGUAGCACAAGAUGACAUUAAGGAGGAACACCUUUUGGCUUUUAUUGCGAAGGACAAAUAUGAUGAUGACGCUGAAUACAAAAAAAGGCUCAAGGAAUAUUGUGAAGAGUUGAAGAAAGCAGAUGAAAAUCUGGAGAAAGUGGAUAAAAAAGUUAAAGGACUUUGUGAAGGGAAAGAUAAAAAAUGCACAGACCUGCAAGUUGAAGAUGAAUUGGACGCUUUUGAAGAUGAAGUUCAAGAAGCAUUGCAAGACAUAAAAGAUGAAAAUUGUAAAAAACAUGAAGAAAAAUGUAUACUUUUAGAAGAGACGGGUUAUAAUAAUCUUAAAGAGAACUGUGUCAAGUUGAGGGAAGGAUGUUACGAAUUGAAGCGUAAAAGGGUGGCAGAGGAGCUUCUUUUCAGGGCGCUCGGAGGGGAUGCUAAAGAUGAUAAAAAAUGUAAAGGAAAGAUGGAAAAGGUUUGCCCAGUGUUAAGUCGAGAAAGCGACGAAUUGAUGUCUUUUUGCCUUAAUCCGACUAAAACGUGUGAAGAUCUGAAAAAAAAAUUGGGUACUGUUUGUGGGCCUUUAAAAAAAAAAUUGGAGGCAAAUGAAUUAGACGGAAAGUGUCAUGAAAGACUUGAGAAAUGUCAUUUUUACAAAGAAGCGUGUGAUGAUUCAAAGUGUGAUGAGGAUAAGACGAAAUGCGAGGAAAAAGGAUUCACAUAUAAAGCGCCGGAGUCUGAUUUUAGUCCGGUCAAGCCGAAGCCGUCGUUGUUAAGAAGUAUUGGGUUGGAUGAUGUGUAUAAAAAGGCUGAAAAAGAUGGAAUUCUUAUUGGAAAAUCAGGAGUGGAUCUACCAAGGAAGUCAGGUACAAAAUUUCUGCAAGAUCUCUUGCUAGUCUUGAGCAGAGAUGAGAAUGUGAAGGAACCAAAAAAGAAAUGCGAAAAAGCGUUAGGAAAAUGUGAAACUUCUAAGUAUUUGGAUCAUAAUUUGAAAGAGUUAUGCAAAGAUGAAAAGAAAAACGACAAAUGCAAAGAAUUACUAGAUGUAAAUGUAAAAGAAAGAUGUACAAAUCUCAAAUUAAAACUUUAUCUCAAAGGGUUGUCUACAAAGUAUAAUAAUGAAAAAUCAGAUCUUUUAUCGUGGGGACAGCUUCCAACAUUAUUUACGAAGGGAGACUGUGCAGAACUUGAGUCGGAAUGUUUCUAUUUAGAAAAGGCGUGUACGAAUAAGAUUGAUCAAGCAUGUCAAAAUGCAAGAGCAGCGUGCUAUAAAAAGGGACAAGACAGGAUGUUGAAUAAGUUCUUUCAAAAGGAAUUGAAGGGAAAGCUUGGUUUUGUAAGAUAUAAUAGCGAUCCUAAAGAUUGUAAAAAAUAUGUGGUAGAAAACUGUACAAAACUUAAAGAAGAUAAAAGAUACCUUUCAAAAUGUCUUUAUCCUAAAGAACUAUGUUAUGCGGUUUCAGAUGAUAUUUUUCUUCAAUCCAAAGAGUUGGGUGCGCUUUUAGAUGAUCAAAGGGAUUUUCCAUUAGAAAAGGAUUGUCUUGAAUUGAAGGAGAAGUGUGAUGAACUUGGUAGUGAUUCAUUAUUGAAUUUAGAAAAGUGUAUAACAUUGAAAAGACGCUGUGAAUACUUUAAGGUUACAGAGGGAUUUAGAAACGUAUUUUUAGAAAAAAAGGAUGAUUCGUUAAUGACUCAGGAAAACUGUACAAAGGUAUUGCAUGAGAAAUGUGAUGCUUUAUCUAGGAGGAGAAAGAAUUCAUUUAGUGUUUCAUGUGCUUUACCAGAAGAAACAUGUAGUUAUAUGGUAUACCAUACAAAAGAGGAAUGUAGAUAUUUAAAAGAAAACAUCAAGAAUGGAGGAAUUGUAGGAAAAAUUGGAGGAGCAAAUGGGAAUGAAACAGCACUUGAAGAACUCUGCACAACAUGGGGCCGACAUUGUCACCAACUUGUGGGGAAUUGUCCAGAUCAGUUGGGAAAAGAAGACAAUGGCAAUAAUCAUAACUGUGAUGAACUCGAAAAAAAAUGCACUGAUACCUUUAAAAAGUUGAAAGCGAAGGAUGAUUUGACUCAUUUGUUGAAAGGCAAUUUAAGCGAGGAAAAAAAAUGUAAAGAAGCAUUAGAAGAGCGUUGCGCUGAGUUGCAAAAGGAUAAUACAUUCAAAAUUCUGCUUACUAAGUGUGAUGAUACUACCAAGGGAAAUGUUUGCAAAGAAUUAGUUGAAAAACUAAAAAAGAGAUGUCCUACUUUAGAAACCUAUCUGAAGAAAGCGAAAGAGGAGUUGACAAAGAUGAAGACUGAGUACGAUAAGCUCAAACUGGCGGCAGAAGAAUCCACAAAUAAAGCUAAGUUAUUGCUAUCAAAGUCUGGAAAAGCCACAAUGCCAACUGCGCAGAAUGGCAGUGCUUCUGCACCAAUACCAGCACCAGCAGGAUCAGAGUCGUCAUCAGCAUCAGGGUCACCACCAGCAUCAGGGCCACCACCACCACCAUCAUCACCAUCACAAAAUGGAGCACCAGAUACAUCAAGUGGAACACCAGGCACAACAGGUGAGACGAAGAAUCCAAGCCCUGGACUUGUUAAAAGAGCAUAUGUAGCUGAAGGAGUAUCAGAAGCAGAGGUAAAAGCAUUUGAUGCAACGACGAUAGCAUUGGAGUUGUAUUUGGAAUUGAAAGAAGAAUGUAAAGCUUUACAACUAGAUUGCGGUUUUAGAAAGGAUUGUUCAGAUCUUGGUGUUUGCGAAGAAAUAGACACGUUAUGUAAACUGGAACCAUUAGAAAUUAAGCCUCAUCAUACAGAGAAAAUAACAGAAACGAAGACAGAAACGAAGACGGAAACGAAGACGGAAACAAAGACUGAUGGCAAGGCUGAUGAGAAGACCGUUGAGAAGACUGUUACGGUAACCAAACCAGGAAGUGGAGGAAAAGUAACAGAAGAGUGUACAAUGAUACAGACGACAGAUACAUGGGUGACGAGUACGUCAUUGCAUACGAGUACGAUAACGAGCACGUCGACAGUGACGUCGACAGUGACCUUGACGUCGAUGCGCAAGUGCAAGCCUACAAAAUGUACUACUGAUUCAAAGAAAGAGACAGACAAAGGAGGAGAAGAAGAAGAAGAAGUAAAACCAAAUGAUGGGAUGAAAAUAAGAGUUCCUGAUAUGAUUAAAAUAAUAUUGUUGGGAGUGAUUGUUAUGGGGAUGAUGUAA